AUGACCCAGCUCCCCGCCCCGCGCCCCGCAGAGCUCGCCUCGCGCCUGGAGGACCUCUUCAACAUCGCCAUCACCGGCCAGGACGGCGAGCGCGGCGACGACGCAGGACCUGCCACGGAGCAGCUCGUGCGCAACAUCCUCGGGCUCCUCCUCCCCAGCAACCUCUCCGACCUCCUCGGGGCCUCCACCAGCGGGGGCAUCACGGCGGGGGACUUCGUCCUCGGCAGCAUGGACGAGAUCAUCGCGCGUCUGGCGGACCAGCACGACAACCCGAGGGCCCCCGGGGACGACGUGCCUGUGGCGGAGAGCGUGCAGGAGGGCGACAAGUGCAUCAUCUGCACGGACGAGUACGAGGUGGACCAGCAGGUCAUCAAGAUGCCGUGCCAGCACGUCUUCCACGAGGACUGCCUCGACAAGUGGCUCAACAUCAACAACACAUGCCCCGUCUGCCGCCACGAGCUCCCAGAAGAAGCAGAGCCCUCCCGCCGCCAGAGCCCAGGGAACGGGAGUGGCGGACGGCCAGGCGAGGACGAGGAGUCCGGGAGCGACUACAACAGCAGCGAGGGCAGCGGCAGCGAGGGCACGUUCUCCGAGGGCACGGAGAGCGAGGGCAGCGGCACGCCGUCCGGCGACGGGAUGGACCACUAUGCGCUUGACGCAGGUCUGUCUGACGCGCUGUACAUCAUCGGGCGGCGGCUGCGCGGCCACGCGGCGGGCGGACGCGACAGCGGGUCCGCGGCGGAGGUGGACACGUCCUUUGAGGACAGCGAGACGGGGGAGUCUGGGUCUGAGUCCGACAGCAUGCCUAGCCUGGCGAGUGCGAGCGAGCUGGACGACAGCAUGCCGAGCCUGGCGAGCGCGAGCGAGCUCCAGUCGCACCGCUCCGGCUCGCCGCGGCCGCCGUCGGUCGGCGCUGCGAGCCGGCCCUCGCGGGCCGAGGGCAGCGACGACGACGCGGGAAGCGACGUGCCGCCGCCGCCGCUGCCCCCCGAGGCAGUCGGCUCCGGCCGCGUCGUCGCGCCGCCAACGGGCCGGCUGCCUGCGCCGGGACGCGCCGCCGAGGCGGCCCCGACGGCCGCAGACCUCCGAACCCCCUGCGGGCGGCACUCGGGCUGGGGACGCCCCGAGUCCCAGGCUGCCUGUGUUUCCCACGAUGGGGCCCGUGGCGCGGGACUCGGACGACGAGUCGGACGCGCCUCCGAGCACGUUCGACAUCCUGCAAGCCAUCACCAUCAUGGAGGACUUAUUGCAACACUCCCCCUUGCGGGUCGGGCCCCAGGACCUGGACGAGGACUUCGACAGCGGCAGCGACAGCGACGACGAGAUGCCGCCCCUCGCGCUGGAGCCCGAGAGCGACUCUCGCUCCGCAACGACGGCGGUGGCGGACGUCGCGACCGCGGCGGGCGUGCGCGCGUCGUCGCCGUCGGAGCGGGACACGGACGAGGAGAGCGAGGACGUGCCGCCGCCCAGCAAGCGCGCGCGCACCGCGGCUGA